AUGCGUCUCAGCCUUCUCCCCUUGAUCGCCCUCGCUGGCUGUGCUAUCGCAUCUGGAGAUACUAUCUCAUCAGCCAUAGACAGCAUCUCCAAUGCCACGCUUGCUCUGAACCAUUCUGUCGCAAUCUGGCCUCAGACUCUCAUCGGCGCCCUGCCCAUCACCACAAAGUCGACGCUACUUCUCACCGAGAUCCACAAGGGAACUCUGAUCGCUCGCAAGUCUGAGGCUCUAUCUGUCGAGGAGACUCUCCAAGUCGCCAAGGCCACUUCCGAGUUGAGCCACGACGUCGAGCUCACCAUCGACACCAUCAUCAACACCAAGCCCAAAUUCGACAGACUUGGGGUCAGCCCCGUCAUCCUCCUCAACCUCGAGCUACAGCGCGCGCUAAGCGCCGACUUCUCCGAAGCUGUCAUCUCCAAAGUCCCCAAGAACCUACAAGGGAACGCAAAAGCGCUAGUGCAAGGAAUUGACGAGAGCUUUGCUAGAGCUAUCAAGAAAUACAAGACACUACGGGGAUAA